AUGUUUGAACAGCUGAAGCCAAUCGAACCUGUACAGAAGAUGUUCCCAUGGGUGGGCAAGGUAGCUGCCACCCUGCAGGAAGCCAUGAAGAGAGAUUGCUGGAGGGAGGCAUGGGUGAAGAAGAAGCCAGUCACCUUUGAGGAUGUGGCAGUGAAUUUCACCCAGGAAGAGUGGGACUGUCUAGAUGCCAGCCAGAGGGUCCUUUACCAGGAUGUUAUGUCGGAAAUCUUUAAGAACCUAGCAUCUGUGGCCAGAAUCUUGCUGCAUAAGCCAGAGCGAAUCACCAAGCUUGAGCAACAAGAGGAACAAUGGAGAGAGUUUGUCCAUCUCCCAAACACAGAAGGCCUUUCAGAAGGUAAGAAGAAAGAGCUUCGAGAACAACAUCCCAGUCUGAGAGAUGAGGGGACUAGUGAUGACAAGGUCUUCCUUGCAUGCAGAGGGGCCAGCCAGUGCCCCCUCUCUGCCCCAGUUGGGUCUAUGGACAGGACCCAGGUGCUUCAAGCAUCCCAGGCUAGGCCACCCUUUUUUUGCCACAUCUGUGGCAAGUGUUUCAGCAGGCGCUCCUACCUCUAUAGCCACCAGUUUGUUCACAAUCCCAAGCUGACUAACAGCUGCAGCCAGUGUGGGAAGUUGUUUCGGAGCCCCAAGUCCCUCAGCUAUCACAGACGCAUGCAUCUUGGGGAGAGGCCCUUCUGUUGCACGCUCUGUGACAAGACCUACUGUGAUGCUUCUGGACUAAGUCGUCACCGCCGUGUCCAUCUGGGUUACCGGCCCCAUUCAUGCUCCCUGUGUGGGAAGAGCUUCCGGGACCAGUCUGAGCUCAAACGCCACCAGAAGAUACACCAAAACCAGGAGCCAGUGGAAGGAAACCAAGAGUGUACUUUGAGGAUUCCAGGCACCCCUGUUGAAUUACAAACACCUAUCGCCAGAAGCCAGAGGUCCAUCCAGGGGCUUGUGGAUGUGAACCAUGCCAGGUCUCAGGAAACCAUACCAGUGGCCAGGUCUCAGGAAAUCAUAUUUAGAACUGAGGGUCCUAUGGCCCAGAACCAGCCAUCUGUACUUAAGAACCAAGUACCUGUGACCAGGACCGAGGCACCCAUCAUUGGAACCCCCUGUCAGGAUGCCAGAUCCAACUCUCAUCCAGUGAAGCCCUCGAGACUCAAUGUCUUCUCUUGCUCGCAUUGUCCUUUGACUUUUAGCAAGAAAUCCUAUCUCUCCAGACACCAGAAGGCCCACCUCACAGAGCCACCCAACUACUGCUUCCAUUGCAGCAAGUCUUUCAGUUCAUUUUCCAGGCUGGUCAGACACCAGCAGACCCACUGGAAGCAGAAGAGCUACCAUUGCCCUAUAUGUGACCUCUCCUUUGGGGAGAAAGAGGGCCUUCUGGAUCACUGGAGGGGCUAUAAAGGCAAGGAACUGUGCCAGAGCAGCCACCAUAAAUGCCGGGUGAUCCUGGGCCAGUGGCUUGGCUUCUCUCAUGAUGCCCCCACUAUAGCUGGGGAGGAAUGGAAGCAUGGAGGUGAAUAAUCUCCCCCCAGGAUCCAUACCCUCAGGAGAAGAGGCCUAAAAGAGAAGGCCUGCAAAGGAGACAAAACAAAGGAGGCAGUGAGCAUCUUGAAACAUAAAUAAAUGGCCUUUCUGACUGA